AUGGCUUCUUCAGCUUCCUCCCCUUUGACCGAACCCCGUCUUCCUCACUCUCCGCUUCCACCUACUCCUUCGUCUCACCAACGCAAGUCCUGCGCACAAUUCCUCUCUAAAUCUCUCUUCUUCUGCAUUCUCCUCCUCCUCCUCCCUCUCUUCCCUUCCGAAGCGCCGGAUUUCGUCAACCAGACUUUGCUCUCCAAAUUCUGGGAGCUUUUUCACCUCUUGUUCGUCGGCAUUGCUGUUUCGUAUGGUCUCUUUAGCAGAAGGAGCAUCCAGGUCAGUGUAGACGAACCUCGAUUCUCCAAUUUUGAAAACUCACAGUCGUAUUUGUCUAAGAUGUUUCACGUCGCUCCGAUUUUUGAAAAUGUUGACGAUUUGAGUGCUUCUGAUGAGAGGAAAUUAAGUGAAGUUUUGUACAUUAAGCUGAAUUCUGGAUCCGUGAAUGAGUUUGGAGAUUUCAAUGCUCCGUCUCGCGAACAGGAAAAACUUCAUUACUCCAUUCUCAAAAAAAGGUAUGAAAAUUCUCAUGAAUUGAUUGAUACUGAUAAUGUCGGUCAUGCUUGUAAAUCGAGAUAUACUCGGGAUGGAUCUGUAGUUUUAGUUGCUGAAACGAAUCGUAGUUCAAGUGAAUGGAUGGAAUCAGAAGCCAUUGUUGAUUAUAAACCUCUAGGUUUGCCUGUUAGGAGUCUGAGGUCGAAUCUUACCGAACCCGAUCUGAGGCCGAAUCUUACUGAACCCGAUGAUGUCGAAUUGGAUAGUGGUGAUGAAUCUUGCUUGAGUUCUAAAAGUUCUUCCAGUGGCUAUGAGAAUGAUUAUGAAAGAAUAAGUGAAUUUGGUGAUAAUUGUUGUACGAAUUUAGAGGAGAAGUUUGAUGAAGCUGUUAUUUCAUCAUUGUCCCCAUUUCAAUUGCGUGAGAAAUUUGGAAAAAAGGUUACGAAAGAUAGAGGAGCUGGAAAUGCUGUUCUUCACCCUUCCCAUUUUAGACCUCCCUCCAUUGAUGAAGCUCAAUUUGAAUCACAUAAAAAACCUAGGCCUCUUCGUUCUACUCUGUCUCAGCCACCACCACAAACUAGUUCCUUCUCUCUGCCAUUGUCAUCAACGACAAGAACGCAUCGUAAAAUGUCUUCGCUCGGAGAUAUUUCCUCUAAGUUAUUGCAUUCUCAACAAUACAAUAUGAGAUCUCUGUCUGAAAACAGUAGAGGGGGCUCUGAAGACCCUCUGAUUGAGCUAGAAAAUUCAUCUGAUUUCAAUGGAUCCAUAGUAAGUUCCCCACAUUUAGACCAGAGUUUUGCAAGUAUUCCAAAAACCUUAUCCCGGGGAAAAUCCGUUAGAACAGUUAGAGCAAAUGCAGUAACAAUGGAGGAAACAAUCAGCCAAGAGAUCAAAAACCAAGUUGAGAAUGAUAACAAUACGAGACAUGGGCGGCCUAGUAUUGUUAACCCGAAUGCUCGUAAUCCAAAUCAUUUGUCGAAGACGACAUUCUUGGGGAUUGAGAAGCAGAAGGAAGACACUGAGAGUCAACUCACAGAUGAUGGUAAAGACCAGUCUGAGAGGGAGGAUGAAACUAUUUUUGGAAAUUCAGAUGAAGAAGCUGCUUCGAGUAUGGCGGGAGAUUCGGAAUCGGGGGCGCACGAGGUCGACAAGAAAGCUGGCGAGUUCAUAGCCAAGUUUAGGGAGCAAAUACAUCUUCAGAGGAUGGCUUCAGCAGAUAAAAGAUUGAGAGGAGGAUGGGGGUCAUUCAGCAGCGCAAGCAGCAGCCAUUUCAGUUGA